AUGCACAGAACCGCGCGAAUGGCGACGCGCACGCUGAAGCCAAGCAUUCUUGUCGCAUUUCUUACAGCGGUUUCUUUGGUCUACAUGACCACCUUUCAUUCGUCGAGUUCUUGGUCGUGGCCGGGCGAGUGUGCGGCAACGCCACGACCACAUAAGCCGUCUCUAGCUUCAGUGCCACCAGAUAUCAAGCCAUUCGACCGCAGACAGUGCAGGCUAAACGAAACUCGUUUUGCAGAGCUGAAAGAAAGAUACGAACUUCAAGACGACUUCAAAUACGCAAAGCGUUUGGUACAAUUCUCUCGAGACUCGCAGACUCGGCGCGAGAGCCUCACAAAGCUCUCACAGCCUUUGUUUCCAUUCUCCUCGGCACGACGUAACUGGCCGUUGCAGAGGUCCCGGUUCGACCCCGAAACCGACUGGUGCUCUGACCCGAUUGAAGUCAACGUUUCCGCGUCCAACUUUCCCCAAAAUGCCGACGCCUCAGCAUUCAUCUUUGGGGUUUCAACUACGCAUCACCGCUUCGAAGAGUACCAUACAUUGCUCAUCAACGAUUGGGCCUACUGGUUAACUGAUGGCGCCGGCCGAUCCAACGGCGGUACACUGCUUCUGACGCUGUCAGAGGCCACCGAGGAGCAGAUUCAAGAGGCCCAAAGAUUACUUCGCCAAGCUGGCAUAGAUGCCCAUGUGCAGGCUUCGAUUGCAUCACCGGAAAUGGCAGUUCGCUACCUGUCACUGGUUCCUGCCAUGGUCUCUCACCCUAAAAGGCUGGGAAAAAGGUGGCUUGUUCUUUGCGAUGAUGACACCUUUUCUCCCUAUAUGCAUUCUCUCACGCAAAAGCUCGCUGGCUUUGACCACACUGAGGAGAUUUAUAUCGGGGCCCUAUCCGAGGAGGUGUAUGCUGUCCUACGCCACGGACCACAAGCAUUCGGUGGCGCGGGCGUCUUCUUAUCCCUCAGAACCGCCGAGCGAGUCGCAACAUUAUUCCACGAAUGCUCAUCAGCUGACAAGGUGAAGGAAGCAGAGGAGCAAGGCGACAGGCUACUGCAUCAGUGUAUAUCCCGCAAUCCCGACGUCGUGCUCACUGCAUUGCAAGAUCUUUGGCAACUUGAUUUCUCGGGUGAUGCGGCAGGUUUCUACGAAUGGGGGAGACGGCCACUCUCCCUCCACCACUACCGGAGCUGGCACAAUGCCGUCCCCGGGCAGUUAGCCACCAUUGCCUAUGCGUGUGGCGAGGAUUGCAUCUUGCAGAGGUUCCAAACAAAAGACGACUACAUUAUCUCGGGUUAUUCCAUCGCGUCUUACCCCCGUGGCAUCAGCUUUGCCGCGCACCAGAUCGAGUCUACGUUUCGCUCAGUGUAUACAAACGAGGGGGGCAACUUUGACUACAAGUUUGGUCCGCAGCGACCGUCAUUACUAGGAACGGGGCGGAAGACCGCGUGGGAGUUGAGAGAGGCGACGCGUCAGACAGAUGGGUCUAUCUUACAGACAUAUGUACGAAAGGGCAAUGAUCCUCGGUGGGUCGACAAGGACAAUGUCCCUAUUGAUGGACAUGAUGGCGUCAUCGAGUUGCUUUGGACGUCAGCUGGGCUUACGCACUAA